AUAAAGAGAAAUAAGACGUAUAUAUGUAUGUGUAUGUAAGUAAUAAGGUUGUGUUUGGUGGGUGAGUGAGUGUUUGCAUAGUGAUAGUAUGAUGGCUGAAUCUGAUAACGAGUCAGGAGGAGGAAAGAAUGAAUCUUCAAUUUGCAGAGAGCAAGACAGGCUCCUUCCCAUAGCCAACGUGGGAAGGAUCAUGAAGAAGGUGUUACCGGGCAACGCUAAGAUUUCCAAAGAAUCAAAAGAAACCAUGCAAGAGUGUGUGUCAGAGUUCAUCAGUUUUGUAACAGGAGAGGCUUCUGAUAAGUGUCAGAAAGAGAAAAGAAAAACCAUCAACGGUGAUGAUCUUCUGUGGGCCAUGGCCUCACUUGGCUUUGAAGAUUAUGCAGAGCCCCUCAAAGCUUAUCUGCACAAGUACAGGGAGAUGGAAGGGGAAAAAACUGCUAUGAUUGGGAAGCACCAUGGCCUUUAUGCAAAUCCACUGUGAUCAUAUAUUCAUGAUCAUCAUAUAAAAAAGUUUGUUGUUUCUAUUUCUGCUGUUAUUGUGAAUAUAGGUAAUACUUAUGGAUGCUUAUAGGGAUUUAGGAUCUUUAUCAUAUUCCUUUUCAUCUUAGUUUGCUGCAGGGACAGGAACUAAGAGUAGGAAUUGUUAGGCUUGUUUCAAUUGCAAUAUACUAUGUAUACAUUCCAAUUUCUAAGUGGUUUGCAUUUGAGGUUUAAAUAAUGAAAGAGGGUGAAAUAUUUAAGCUGCAAA